AUGAUGAAGAAGGAUAAACCGAUGCUGUCGGUUGCAGCAAUUAUUCAGGGAGUACAAGUUCAACACUGGAGCAGAGGGAAGACGAAUGUGAUGAUGCUGCUGAGUGUUGAGCUUGGUGGUCCUCAAUCGCCUUUGGAUAUGAAACCAGACACGGCGACAUUACUAGGAGGAAAUUUUUCACCCAACGGAGGACCCAACAGUCCGAACUCGUUUACCAUGGGUCACAGUAGUCUCAUUGGAAAUAAUUCAAAUAACAAAAUGGCGUCUUAUCCUCCGAAUCAUCCUUUGAGCGGUUCGAAACAUUUAUGUUCCAUAUGCGGUGACAGAGCCAGUGGGAAACAUUACGGAGUUUAUAGUUGCGAAGGAUGCAAAGGGUUUUUCAAAAGGACGGUACGGAAAGAUCUCACAUACGCAUGCCGAGAAGAAAGGAAUUGCAUUAUAGAUAAAAGGCAAAGGAAUAGAUGUCAAUUUUGCCGAUAUAAUAAAUGUUUAGCGAUGGGAAUGAAAAGAGAAGCAGUUCAGGAGGAAAGACAAAGAACAAAAGAACGAGAACAAGGUGAAGUGGAAUCAUCGGGAGCAAUGCAAGCGGAUAUGCCGGUCGAAAGGAUAUUAGAAGCUGAAAAAAGAGUAGAAUGUAAAGUAGAAAAUCAAAACGAAUAUGAAAAUGCUGUGGCUAAUAUUUGCCAGGCGACAAAUACUCAAUUAUACCAAUUAGUCGAAUGGGCUAAACACAUUCCACAUUUUUCUUCGCUUCCCAUCGAGGAUCAAGUUUUGCUUUUACGAGCAGGUUGGAAUGAAUUAUUAAUAGCUGCGUUUUCGCAUAGGUCGGUAGAAGUGAGAGAUGGUAUAGUACUCGGAGCCGGUAUAACGGUUCAUAGAAAUUCUGCUCACCAAGCCGGAGUUGGAACAAUAUUUGACAGAGUUCUCACCGAACUAGUCGCAAAAAUGAGAGACAUGAACAUGGACAGAACGGAAUUGGGAUGUUUGAGAUCGAUCAUAUUGUUUAAUCCGGAAGUAAGAGGUUUGAAAUCCGGGCAAGAAGUUGAGCUUUUACGUGAAAAAGUUUAUGCCGCAUUGGAAGAAUACACUCGAGUGACGAGACCGGAAGAACCAGGACGAUUUGCAAAACUUUUACUCAGACUUCCGGCUCUUAGAUCAAUCGGUCUCAAAUGUUUGGAACAUCUUUUUUUCUUUCGUUUGAUCGGAGAUAUACCCAUAGAUACAUUUCUCAUGGACAUGUUGGGUUCGUCAUCCGACUCGUAA